UCCACACUUCAACAGUAGGUGGCGGUAACGCGCCUUAGUGCUGGUUACCGCUCGCCAUAAAAUGAUAGAGGAAGAAGAAGUUGACAGCUGUGCAGGUUGUAGCUUCAACUGAACUUUAAACGUCUUAAAUGGAUUCGACUUAAUGAUACACAUAACUAAUAAAAGUCUGAAACCGGACCUUAAGGACUGCGACAUUUGGUGCUUGCUACAUCCCAGAUGUUUGUGUGACGAUGGGUCUCUGGCAGCCAGUGACUAACCUCAGAGACUAUGUACACUAUAAUCCUCCAGGAGUUACCUUUUUCCUCUGCCUGUUAAAUUUGACACUCUCCUUCAUCUUCAUCAGCUUCUACAGUUAUACACAUACCUUACCCAACCCUGAUGUAGCAAAGGACUGGGAUCAGCUCCUGUAUUCCUUAUCACAGGUCCAUCUGUGCAUGAAAGCCAAUGUGAGUUCAGCUCAACUAGUCACUCCAGUCCCCUCUCCUUUGAAGGUCCAGGAAACUAAGAGAAAUCAUUUGAAUAACUCUCCAAAGACUCGUACCCCUGUCACACAUUUAAAUGUUAAAGUUCCACUGACUGUGAUAACUAAUUCUGCUGGCAGCCAUCUAGAAGGCAUUGGACUAUAUACAAGCUUAGAAGCCAGCCAACUCAGCCUUGCAGGCAAUGAGAUCGUCAAUGUGACAAUAAAUGUUCUGUCUGGAAAUGAUACCUUCACUUGCCUCACCAUAAGUGCUCCAACAUACCUCCUACCCUUGGACCUGCUUCCUCCAGAUUGUCCAGUAUCUGGGAAAUUCCCUCCAUCAAUCCACGCAGAAGUGAGCAGAAGUGAGCCUGUUGCAUCACAUAUUUGCUACAGUCUGCAGGCUCAGCAUGACCCCACUCUUACAGUCAUGUUAACACAGGAGCAACAACAAGUAGCAGUACAACAUCUGCUGGAAGUCGGUGUGUGUCUGCUUGGAGUUUGCUUGAUACUUUGUUUAACUGCUAGUCUGACACGUUCACUAAUGCCCUACCGUCGGCCUGGACUGGAUUUACGAAAAGAAAAUUUGCUCAGCCCCUAAAGAUUUCAUCUACUUUAUCCUGAAGAAACUGGUUGAUGGUGGUCACUGUUGUUGUGAUUGUGCCUUAAAUAGGACAUUGAAAAUGUACAAGGACUUUAUCAGGACGAUAACCCGAGGAACUUGUAUGUGAAGGACUAUUGUUGGUUUGCUAGGCUACUGUUACAUUUCCUGAAUUCAGUGAUAUAAUUGUGUGGUUUAAUCUCAAAAUACGUGUACUGUUGUACAGUCUGUCAUCAAUCUGUGAUAUGCAGUGCUUUCCAAGGGUUUUUGUCAUUUACUUUCUGUCAGAACUGUUAUUGACAUUCACACUGUAAAAUUGGAAGAAAACAGGUGUGAAGUUGUUCUGUUCAAAUGUAUAUAUUUGUAAUAUAAUGAGAAUAGGAUUUUUACUUUCCAAAUGUGGAACCCAACCUGUGUUAGGGCACAAAUUAGAGCAUUUGGGUUGCAAUAAUAAUAUUAUUCUCUUUGCCACUUUUGCCGUGGUUCUUGAAAUUAUGACUUUGGUUAAAUUCCUAGGUUUUCAGGUAUGAAUGGCGAAUGGCAGUAACCAAGUCUAACAUUUAUCCUUGCUGUUUUUGAUUGUGUAGGAAUGUUCAAAACCUUAGGACUACACAUUGGUGAAGGUAUACUUGGAACUUAUUUUUUUGGCUGUAUCCGCUGUGGCGAGCAGCCAAAAUGACAACACAUUGAGUGAUCAUUGGCAACUGUUUCCAUUG